UAUCAGGGCUUUAAACCUGGAGUGAGAGGGACUGGCUGUGUGCUCUCACUGUAACAAGGCACCUGUAUGGGAGAGUACACUAUUCGCGCCCUGCGAGGAAUCUCUGUACUUUGCUGCUCUUGCCUUAUAACCAUGGAUCCCUUUUACCCAUAGACCAGCCUGGGAGCCAGCUGCACUGCUUGGACAAAUCUCUGCAAGCAUAUCUGACAAACCGAGACAUCUCUCUGGACAAAACUCGCCAAUGGAGCACUAUCCUGUUUGAUGGCAAAAUUUGUAUAUUCAUUAUGGCCGCUUUACUUGUAGGAGUUUGCCUACUUUUUAUGCAAUUGCAUAUGACCAUCUGCAGACCAGCUUUAAGUGAAAAAAACUACAUGUCCGCAUUCCCUCUUGUGAAUGAUGAAGAAAUUAAAAAGACUUCCUUUAAGAAUGUAUCUCAUCCAAAUGGUACCAGUCAGUUUUUGCCACAUAUUUUAAUUAUCGGAGUACGCAAAGGUGGAACUAGAGCUUUGCUGGAAAUGCUUAGCCUUCAUUCUCACAUUUCUGCUGCUGAAAGUGAAAUUCAUUUCUUCGACCUGGAGGAUCAAUACAAGAGAGGUCUAGAAUGGUAUCUCGAUCAAAUGCCUUUCUCCUAUCCCCACCAGCUCACCGUGGAGAAAACACCAGCAUAUUUCACGUCUGAUGUAGUACCUGAGCGAGUUUAUAACAUGAACAGUACAAUAAGACUCUUGCUCAUUUUAAGAGAUCCCAUCGAAAGAGUUUUGUCUGAUUACACCCAAGUUUUUUAUAAUCACAAGCAAAAAAAUAAGUCUUAUCCAGCAGUUGAGGACCUGCUUCUGAAAAAUGAUGAACUAAAUACAGACUACAAAGCAAUAAACAGAAGUUUAUAUCACAUAUUCAUGGAAAACUGGCUAAAAUAUUUCCCUCUUAAAAACAUCUACAUAGUUGACGGAGAUCGUUUGAUCAAGGACCCCUUUCCCGAAAUGCAGAAAGUAGAACGGUUCUUAAAUCUUUCUCCUCAGAUUAACAUGUCCAAUUUUUAUUUCAAUAAAACGAAAGGUUUUUAUUGUUUAAGGGACAGUGGGAGGGACCGAUGUUUACAUGAGUCCAAAGGCAGAGCUCAUCCCCAAAUCAAGCCGUUCUUGUUGGGGAAAUUACGUGACUAUUUCCAUGAACCAAAUAAGAAAUUCUUUGAACUGGUUGGACAAACCUUUGAUUGGCUCUAAGAUCUGAGACUUUAGGAUAGAACAUCCUAGUAAUGCAGCUAUAUAUUUAGAAUAUUAAGCUAUAAUUUAUUUGUACAUGCUUUAAAAAAUAAAUUGUAUAUAUAUGUACAGCACUAGAGAACUAUUCCCAUAAAUGUAUUCUAUUUUUAUACUUGUGAAAUAUGUUUUUGUUAUGGGUUU